AUGCCUCCCAAAAAAGGAGUCUCGCAAGGAGGGCUAGGAAGCCGCACCGGGCUACGAAGCCAAGGGGGCACCAACACCAACCCGCCAGAACCCAGCGCAGGCGCAGGCGCCCCCGCGUUCGACCCAAACAACCCAUACGCCCCCGGCGCCCUACCACCUCGCUCCUUCUACGGUCCAGGAUUCCAGGGACCCACACCCACCCCAUCCCUGUCCACUCCCUCGCAACUCCAGCCCCGGCCCGGCGAGGAUCCCGCGGCGUUCGAGCGGCGCCGCGAAACGCGGAAUCGACUCAACGCCAUGCAGAGAGAGAGGCGGGCUCGGAGUCGCGCGGCUGCCUUGGCUGCCUUGGCUGCCGAGGAUGGUGGGGAUGGUGGGGAUGAUGGGGAUGAUGGGGAUGGUGGGGAGGCGGCGGCGGAACCGCGGAAGAGGAAAGGGCCUAGGAAGUUGCUGGUGGAUAGGAUAAAUGAGGCGGCGACGAGGGUGACGAGGAGUGCGGUCGAGAGGGACGAGGAGCUCGGAAACUGCCUUCAUUGCUCCAGGGGCCCGACGUGGCCGCUGAAGUGCCAUGGUGGCGAUGAGUGUAUUGAGUGCGAGGUGAGAGGGAUUGCGUGCAAUAGGGGGAAUAAAAGGCACUUCGACGUAAACCGGAGAAGACAGCUGGAGGGAGUGGAGCCCUGGCGCCCGGAUGUUGAUCAAUGCCAACAAUGCAAGAGUAGGGGCAGUAAGUGUUUUAUGCCCAAUAUGCUGCUGCCGGGGCCGUGCGACAUGUGCCGGCUGAGUGGUCUGGAGUGCAGUAUAGAGCCUCUUCCGGUGAGGCGAUGUCCGAAUUGUCACUGGGAGCACAAAUGUGUUGAGUGCGCCAGAAACCACCUACGCUGCGAUGGAAAAAUCCCCUGCUUGGUGUGCGUCCGCAGAAAUAUCGAGUGUGUUGGCCUUAAACCCGAUGGAUCUUGUCCGGAUAUACCUAUAUCAACAUAUGGCACGGGUCUGCCACCCCCUCCGCAGCGUAUGAAGGUUAGGCCCACUGUUGAUAUGAGGAAUUGGCCGCCACCGAGUGGUCGACUUGAAAUUUCAGGCAAUGUGGCCAUUCCAGGCGCUCCUAGAGAGUAUCAAGUCUUAAACGUUGGAGCAGGGUAUCCCGGUGUUGCAGGACCAGCUCCAGGAGCAUAUGUAAGUCCAUACGCAGGACCAGGACCAGCGGCAGAACCAGCUGCAGGGCCAACUGUCGGAAUAUUUCCACCACCAGUCGCAGGACCAUCUUUGGGACCAUCUCCAGGACCCGUCCCAGGACCAUCUUCAGGUCCAUUUGUAGUUGCAGGUCAACUUUCAGAUCCAUUUGUAGGACCGACCCAGUCCCCACCCGUCGCGGCAGGUCCAAGUUCCCAGCCGCCCGGGCAAAAUCCUGGAUCCAACCCCAAUAACUUCCGCAACAGCCUCUACAACCCCUUCGACGACGACAAGCCACCAUGCAGCCACUGCAGAGCGGAUCCCCAGCACCGCAUUUGCGACCAGGACACCCCCUGCUGGGAAUGCUCUCAACGAGGCAUCCUAGAGCCAGAAGACUGCCGGACCUCCCGACCAUGCGAGCUCUGCUUCAUGAACGAGCUGCCAUGCGACGCCGGUUCUCCCUGCCAGAACUGCAUGUUCCUCGGAUUCGGCGUUGAUGAGUGCCGUCCCGAAGGUCUCGGUCCCCAACAAUACUUCCCGGAUAACCCAGAAGAAUCCGAUGACGAGCCGUACAUUCGCCUCCCAGGACAGCCGGAAUUCGACUACAGCUGUGCCUUCUGCGUCGCGUAUGGGUUCCAGGGGUGCGAUCCGCGGGAUCGGCCGUGUUUGCCGUGCAUCCAGCACGGACGGACGGCGUUGCAGUGUCGCUUUGAAGAACGCUGUGCUAGGUGCAUAGAGCUGGAUGUGCCCUGUGAUGGCAAAAUGCCUUGCUCCUUGUGCGCCAACGCGGAUGGGUUGACUAGUAUGACGUGCCUCGGCCGCGGGGACACAACGAUGCCGGGGACCUUCAUCAACGAGCCCCCUCAGGAGGGAGACGACAUCCCGAUGGGCGAGGGAGGUGACUACCCACCUCCCGAUGGAUUUGGGUAUCAGUUCCCCCCACAAGGCGGGAAUGACCCCUUUGCUCCACCUGGAGUACCACAAGAGUAUGUCGACCCUGCCGCUUUAGUUGCUCAAGGAAUCCCAGGACAAUCAAUCCUUCCACAGGAAGAGGUCCCUCGAGUACCACCCGGAGGCUUCUUCUUCCCGCCGGCACACGUCCGAGAGACACUUCUCCCCCACUACCGCAUCCGCACAGAUGUAUACGGCAACGGGCAAUUCGAUCCUCAACCAGGAGCCCAUGUCAACUGGCGGCCGUGGAAUGAAAACUUCAGGUGCAAAGAGACCCUUGCAAGUGGGUAUGUUUGCAACGUCCUCCCAACCAUGGACUGUGACGGCGGCGAAGAGCACGGAGACGAGGUAUGGGGCGUUUGCGGGGCGUGCCGCGUACGUGCGGAGGAAAGCACGGCUCAACUCCUGGAAGAGAUUGAGGAGAAGAAGAACCUGUUUUGCUGCUUCACAUGCUCACAGGCACAGAUGAAUAAGUUCCUCAGCGGCACUGGAUUCGAGAAUAGUGAGACAUUGGUGGAUAAUCACUGUGAUUGCGACACUCAGAUGCGGGCUUGGCUGUGCUAUGCGUGUAAGACUAAGGUGAUCUAUGCUGUGGGCAACCGGAUGAUAACGACGAGGGAAAAGCUGACGCGAGAUUCUGAUAACGCUAUACUCUGUCCAAGAUGUGGAGUUGAACCUGGGAAUAAGGAGGCGGCGUAUACUUUGGCUAAUGGGGUCGCGAGGUGUUCGAGCUGCUGGGUUUGGAUUAACUAUGCGAAGUGA